AUGACGUCCCCGUCUUCUUCCGGCAUUUAUUUCUUUCCCGAGGACGAUGUACCCCCACCUGGAGACCCAAUUCACGCCUUACAACAGGGCCAACCUCCAUCUGUGGGUGCUAUCGGAGUGAACAACUUCCACACGCUACGCUCUACCAAUGCUCCCCAACGGGAUACACAAGCGUACGCCAAUUAUCCACCGCCAAUAGUGCGACAACAAGUCUUCCUCCCUCUUGUCCAAGUCUCGCACCUAUCUCAAAUCCUCACAACAGCCGCUCGGACAACGCUCACACAGACAUUCUACCACCCCGGAAACCGACCGAUUUCAAAAGCAACAUACACAUUCCCGCUGUAUGCAAAUUGCUCCGUCGUUUCCUUCGUUUGCAGAGUCGGUGAAAGAAAAGUUAUCACCGGCGUCGUCAAGCCGAAGGAAGUUGCGAAGCAGACAUAUGAGAGUGCGACCAGAAGUGGGCAGAUGGCUGGGCUGUUGGAGUACCAUACUUCCGAUGUUUUCACCACUAGUAUUGGGAAUAUACCCGCUGGUGUGAAGAUUAAG